AUGUUGAGUUCUGAGGCUCACCGUAAAGCAUUGCUGAAAGUUCUGAAUACCGCUUAUGUGAUGCAAGACAUCACGGUCGAUCAAUUUGACGACAUGGUUGCUAAUAUCACUGCCAGUAGGUAUUUAGGAUUUAAUAAAGCAGAACUACCUCAUAAGGGAAAUGCCCAUAAUAAAGCCCUACACAUUUCAGUCAUGUGCACAAACUCUCUUCUAUCUCGAGUCCUUGUUGACACUGGUUCUUCGCUUAAUGUACUUCUGAAAGCUACAUUAAGCCAAUUACAGUUUAAAGGGCCCGAGAUGAAGACCAACACACUGAUUGUGCGAGCUUUUGACGGUUCCCGAAGACAGGUUAUUGGGGAAGUGGAUUUUCCUAUCUGUGUUGGACCUCACCAGUUCAAAGACCUGUUGGUUAGCAAACUCUCGUCAUUCAGAUAUGUUGAGACAGAUGAAGGGAUUGUUGAGAUUCCACUCCAUUAUGUAGAAUUUGAAGAAGUCAGUUUGGCUACCGCCAAUCACGACCAGUCAUCCGCCACCAUUCUAUCCUCAUCCAGAAGCGCCAAACAUACAUUGGAAAAAGGCCCACUUCCCGGUUGGGGUAAAGUUUUUGAUGUGGCAGAAAAACGCGAUAGAUUUGGUAUUAGUUAUCGCCCAUCAGCACAUACAUCAAGCCCAAAGAAGAAGCAGUUCAACCCAAUCAAAUUCCGCAGCACCGACUUUCAAAAUAAUCAUACUGUAGCAGUCAUUGGGGAAUCCAGUGGCAACAAACUGGAGACUCCUAGCCUCAUACGCAGAUGUCCUCUAGAGUUCAAGAUCCCCAACUGGAUGACUUCUGUGAUUCCCAUAGUGUACUCAGAAAAAACAGCAGACAAAACUAUUGAUUACAAUAUGGCAAGAAUCAACUGUAAUUCUGGAUUUCCAAUCAACCAAGCUGAAGAUGACAAUGAGGAAGAUUGUGAAUUACCAGUUGAACUAGCACGACUCCUUGAGCACAAAGAGAAAGAGAUUCAGCCAUACAAAGAACCAGUGGAUGUCAUUAAUUUAGGUUCUGAAACCGAUAAAAAGGAAGUAAAAGUUGGGGCAUCUCUUGCCAAGCAUGUACACUCCGAGUUGGUAGAGUUAUUGCAUGAGUAUGUUGAUGUCUUCGCUUGGUCGUAUCAAGAUAUGCCAGGGUUAGACACUAGUAUCGUUGAACAUCACUUGCCACUCAAGCUUGAAUUUCCUCUCGUCAAGCAAAAGCUCAGAAGGACCCGACCCGACAUGGCACUCAAGAUCAAGGAAGAUGUUAAGAAGCAGUUUAAUGCUGGCUUUUUGUCCAUUUCUGAGUAUCCACAAUGGGUUGUUAAUAUCGUUCCAGUUCCAAAGAAAGAUGGUAAAAUAAAGAUGUCAUCAGAAGAUAUGGAGAAGACAACUUUUAUCACAACGUGGGGAACUUACUGCUACAAAGUAAUGUCGUUCGGCUUGAAGAAUGCAGGGGAAACAUAUCAACAUGCCACGAUAACCCUCUUCCACGAUAUGAUUCAUGAAGAUAUUGAUGUUUAUGUGGAAGACAUGAUUGCUAAAUCCAUAACUGAGGAAGAUCACUUGGUGAACCUUAGGAAAUUAUUUGUCAGACUCCGAAAGUUUAAGUUGCGUCUGAAUCUAUCUAAGUGCACUUUUGGGGUCCGAUCCGGUAAGCUCUUGGGUUUCAUAGUCAGUCAUAAGGGUAUUGAGGUUGUUCCCAACAAAGUUCGAGCCAUCCAAUAA